AUGGCGCUCACCUUCUCAACCAUCAAUGAAAGAGCAGGGGAAGAUUUUAAAAUGGAUAAAACAUCGGUUUUAUUGCAGAAACUAUGCAGGGAUUUUAAACUACUGGACUGUUUUAAAGUCAUGCAUCCCAGAGAGGAGGGCUUCACCUGGUUCAGUGGUGAUGGUGCCAGAGCCUCUCGCAUAGACUAUAUUUUAUCACGAGAUUGCCCACCAACCGAUGCUAGAUUGACACCUGUUUUCUUUUCUGAUCACAAUACCUGCACCCUUUCACUCUCUUAUGGUGUGACAGCUGGGAAGGGUCUGUGGAAACUCAACUGCUCCCUUUUAGAGGAUAGAGAGUUAGUUAGUCAAUACAGGGAGCAGUACAAAGAGUGGCAGACCAUCCAAGACUUUUACGAUACACAUGCACAGUGGUGAGAAAUGGUGAAAGGGAGGACCCAGACUUUCUUUAGACAGGCAGGGAAAAAGAAAAAAGAUUUACGUAACUGACGCAUGCUGGGACUGCAGAAAAGACUAUUAUUUUAUUUUAGGUUGCGCCAACAAGGAAUGGGUUUUAAUGAAGAAAUAGAACAAGUCAAGUCAGAAAUGUCGGCUUUGGCAGAAAACCAAAGCAAAGGUGUAAUCCUGAGGAGUAAAGAAAAAUAAAAAGAAAAAUAAUUAGAAGAAGGAGAAAAAUGCACAUACUUUUUUAAGAAAACAAUCAGCCAGAGCAAAAGUAUUCCAUGCCUAAAAACGGACAAUGGAAUCAUAGCAGAAACAACUGAAGAAAUAAACCAAACUGUAGAAAACUUUUAUAGUAAGUUGUACAAGAGAAAGCCCUUGGAUAAAGACACCACAGAAGAACUUUUAAAUUUUAUUGAACAAACUGUGAAAGACAGUGGGCUUUAAUCCCAAGAUUUUACCUUUGACAAGUUAAAGAAAUGUAUUUGUGCUUUUAAAAGAGGGAAGUCACCAGGAGAAGAUGAGCUCCCCCUGGAAUUUUAUUUAAUCUUUUGGGAUAUUUUAGCACCUGACUUGCUUGCUGUUUUUAUGGGUUUUGAACAUCUCGACCGACUACCUGAUAGUUUUAUAGUAGGGAUAGUGACUCUCCUUUACAAAGACAAAGACAAAUCUGACUUAAAGAACUGGAGACCUAUCACGCUCUUAAACUUGGACUGUAAACUUUUUAGCAAACUUUUAGCAUCCCUUAUGUCCCUGUUUUUUCUGAUUCACCCGGAUCAGGCCUGUGCCAUCCCGGGGAGGAAGAUCACGGACAGCUUCGUACUGAUCAGAGACACCAUCUGUUAUGCGAGAGACCAAAACUUGAGACUCAUGGUGCUAAAUUUAGACUUUGAAAAAGCCUUUGAUCGGGUCUCACACCAGUACCUUUUCCAGGUACUGCAAAAAAUGUGGUUCCUGGAAAGGUUUAUAGUCUGAGUGGGAUCGCUGUACGAGGGAACUACCAGCAAAUUUGUGAUUAACGGGCAUCUGACAAAAGCAGUAAAUAUAAACUGCGGUGUCCGUCAGGGUUGUCCCUUAUCUGCCCUCCUCUACGCACUAUGCAUAGAACCAUUGGCACAGAUUUUGAGAAGGGACAAACAAAUCAAUGGAAGAGUCCCUGGGAAUGGAGGAAUCAAAUCCAAGUUGUUUUUAUACAUGAAUGAUCUUAACAUUUUAUGCUCUGAUCUUUUAUCCGUUAACAGGACGCUGGACUUGACUGACUGGUUCGGACAGGCCUCUGGGUCAAGACUUAACAGAAACAAGACAAAUGCCCUUCUGUACGGCCCGUAGACAGCGACUGAAACAGCGGGACUCCCUGUGACAGUGACUGACACAGACAUGAAAAUAUUGGGAGUAAAAUUUGAUUGGGAGAGGGGAGAUAACAACUGGCCGGACCAGGUAGGGAAAGUUAAAAGACUUGGGUACUGGACACUCAGACAACUAAACAUGGAGGGGAAGAUUUUAAUAACCAAGGCAGUGAUUUUACCUCUGUUUCUAUUUGUCAGUUCUGUUUUUAUCCCAACAGAGAGAGUGCUUUUAGACGUGGAACGAGCCAUCUUCUACUUCCUAUGGAGCUCCAAAUGGGAACAACUAAAGAAAAGAAAUGAAAAACACAAAGGAGGAAAAGGAGUCCCGGACCUGUAUUUGUUUUUAAUAAGCACAUACACAGCAAUCUACAUCUCAGCUGCAACGGCCCCAUCCAGAAACCACAAGACAGCAGCGAUGGUCCGGUUCUGGAUGGGAUCCUACCUCCAAACACUGGGACUUUUAACAAGAGAUCUCAGGGUGCCUACAGCCUUCAACCUACCACCAGCCUACGCCUCCAUUCAGACUUUUUUAACAAAUUUUAAACUGGACAAAGAGGAUGCAAAAGUUUUAACCAACCACAAAUGUCUUAUUUCUGUUGUGCAGGAGCGGGAACAAGUGAGCCCAGUGCCCAGGCUCACAUUCGGUGAGCCCUCAGAUGUUUGGCGCAACGUGAACCAUUCUGCUCUCCCAAACAGACUACGGGACCUGUUGUGGAUGGUGGCUCACGAGAUCCUCCCGGUCAGGUCCGUAAUGCACUCCCAGGGCAUGCCGACGCACUCAACCUGCCCCCAACCAGGUUGUGGCGCACCUGAGCCGGUGAGGCACCUGCUCUGGGAGUGCAGCUCCGCCAUCGAACUGUGGGCACUAGCCUGCUCCCAGAAAUUCCUGUACUUGCCAGCAAGGGAGGUCCUCUCUGCCCAACUAGUGCUGUAUGGGGUGAGCCAAAUGAAGCAAGCACCAACUCAGGACUUCACAAAACAGUGGCUCACCCUAGCCGCCAUCAAAGACACCAUAUGGACCUCCAGAAACUUGCUGGUAAGAUGGCGCAUGCAGAUCCCCCCCGUGGCUGUGAUCCAAAUGGCCGCAGCAGCUGUGCGAAUGGCUGUUGCUGCAGGCGGCAGGCCUGGGACACAGCCACAAAGAAGAAGAAGUAGUCGGACUCGUUGCUGUUGACAAUG